AUGGCUCCCAUUCCUCCCACGAUGAAGGCCGUUCAGAUCAACAAGAACGGCGGUACCGAGGUUCUUGAGUACACCGACAUCCCUGUGCCCAAGGUCGGCGAGGGUCAGCUGCUCGUUCGCAAUUCCAUUGCCGGUCUCAACUACAUCGAUACUUAUUUCCGUUCCGGCUUGUACAAAGCGCCGCAUUUCCCUCUGACUCUUGGACGUGAAGCCGCUGGUACGGUUGUUGACUCGCAUUCUUCCGUGUCCAACUUCCCUUCCGGAGCUCGUGUGGUCUUUAUGGGCACCGUCGGCGCGUAUGCCGAGUACAGUGUUGUCAACGCCGCGGAUGCCAUCAUCAUCCCUGAUGAGAUCUCAAAUGAGCAGGCUGUGGCUGCGUACCUUCAGGGUCUGACUGCCUGGACCUUCAUCCGUGAGGCUGGUGAGGUCAAGGCCGGCCAAUGGGUCCUCGUCCACGCCGCUUCCGGUGGUGUCGGUACUCUGCUCGUCCAGCUGCUGCGCGCGGUUGGCGCAAAGACCAUCGGCACAGCUAGCUCGGAGGAGAAGCUCGCUUUGGCCAAGAAGAACGGUGCUGAGUAUACCAUCAACUCGCACGACGAUGUGGUGGCCAAGGUCAAGGAGAUCACCGGUGGUCAUGGCGUUGAUGUCAUCUUUGACGGCGUUGGCAAGGCCACCUUUGACGCUGAUCUGGAAAUGAUUGCGCCCAAGGGCAGCCUUAUCUCGUUCGGAAAUGCCUCUGGCGCCGUGGACCCCGUCAACAUCCUCCGCCUCACCCCCAAGUGCGUCCGAUUGAUGCGACCCGUCGUCAAUGUCUACGUCUCGCCGAGAGCUAGUCUGGAAAAGUACACCACUGAGCUCUUUGACAAGCUCAAGUCCGGGAAGCUUGAGGUUGCGAUCCACGAUGUGUAUCCCCUCAAGGAUGUUGCGCGGGCGCACCAGGACAUCGAGAGCCGGAAGACGACGGGCAAGCUGCUCAUAAAAUGUGAUUAA